AUGGCGACGCCGGCUGUUGUUGUCGAGCGGGCAUCCAAGUAUUACGGUAAAAAGGGCGGAAAUGAUUACAAACCAGUGCUUCAGAAUUUGGACAUGACCGUCGAAAGGGGUACAAUCUACGGCCUCCUUGGCGCGUCUGGGUGCGGCAAAACCACUCUUCUGUCGUGUAUCGUCGGCAGACGACAUUUGGAUAGUGGAAACAUAUGGGUGUUGGGUGGCAAACCUGGAGAGAAGGGCAGUGGGGUUCCCGGACCCCGUGUGGGGUACAUGCCCCAGGACAUAGCUUUAGUAGCCGAGUUCACAAUACGAGACGCCUUAUACUACUUUGGGCGGAUCUACGGCAUGUCGAACAAACUAUUAGCUGAACGUUACGACUUCCUCUGCGACCUCCUGGAGCUACCAGCAGGUGACAGCUUCAUCAAGCAAUUGUCAGGCGGUCAGCAGCGACGUGUGUCAUUGGCUGCUGCUCUGGUACAUGAUCCUGAACUCCUUAUUCUUGAUGAACCUACUGUGGGGCUGGAUCCGAUGCUACGAGAAAAAAUAUGGGACUACCUAACAGAACUAGCAGCUAAAGGAACAACUGUCAUUAUAACGACCCAUUACAUUGACGAAACUAAACAAGCACACAAGAUCGGUCUCCUUCGAGAUGGACAACUGCUGGCACAGGACUCCCCUACAGAUAUUUUACGAAGGUUCAACUGCGAUACGCUUGAGGAUGCAUUUUUAAAGAUGGCGUUAAUUCAAAAUGAGAACAGCAGAACGAAUAGACGACGCUCGACGCUUAGUUCAUCCCCGGACGUGAUUCCAGAGAGCAGUAUAGUCAACGAUAGCCGAUUCCAGUCGACUGAAGACUUUAAUGUUGUUACAAGCAGUCGAGAUGUUUUAACUAAACAAGAAAAUGGUUUAGAAUUAAAAAGUAAGAGGACUGGACGGUUAAAGGCUGUGUUCAUAAAGAGUAUACAACAGUUUUCAAGGCAUCCGGGAGGACUAAUAUUCUCAAUACUAUUCCCAAUGCUACAAGUGAUGGCUUUCUACAGCGCUGUUGGACGAGAUCCGAAAGGACUACACGUCGCUGUGGUUAACGACGAAGCAGCUUCUAUACCAAUGGGAAAUGAACUAUGUAAAACGAGUAACCUGACAUGGGUGGCAAUGAACGAAGAACAAAUAUGUGAAUACCAUAUGCUGAGUUGUUGGUUUGUGGACGAAAUGGAGAAACGGGGAAUCAUUGCGGAGUACUUCAACUCGACAGAAGAGGCCAAAAUAGCCGUUGCAGCUCGGACUACUUAUGGAGCUGUUCAUUUCCCGACCAAUUUUAGUUCCGCACUUGCGUUACGAAUCGCAGACGGCUACGUUGAAGAUGAUAUAGUAGAGCAAAGCACUAUAGCUGUCUGGUUGGAUAUGACAGAUCAUCAAAUCUCGAAUUUCCUGAAACGGAGUGUUAUGAAGACGUAUGAAUCCUUUACCAAACGAGCGAUGUCUGCGUGUGGAAUCAAUGAAGAUCUAGUCCAGCUUCCUGUGAGGAUGAUGACACCAAUCUACGGCUCAUUAGAACCAGAGAUGGUGUCAUACAUGGCACCAGGAGUCAUGAUUACGAUUAUUUACUUUUUGCCGGCUAUAGUAACAUCAACGCUAAUGAUAUCGGACCGUCUCGAUGGUGUUUGGGAAAGAAGUGCAGUGGCGGGUGUUCAGCCCAAAGAGAUGUUGCAGGUUCACAUCACGUUGCAGAGCGCAAUUAUUGUUUUACAGACACUUGAGAUGAUGGUACUAGCGUUCGUCGGCUACGCUCUUCCAUUCAAAGGGUCCAUAGUGACUUGUGCCAUUCUGCUCUUCCUCCAAGGUUUGGGUGGAAUGUGCUACGGAUUCCUCCUCUCAGUUCUGUGUUCCAGUUUCACUGUCGCGUUCUUCGUGGCAACGGGUAGCUUCUACCCCAUGAUAUUGCUUUGUGGUAUCCUCUGGCCUUUAGAAGGUAUGCCCUGGGCCCUCAAACAAGUAGCUCUCAUGCUACCUUUCACUCUGCCCUCUCGAUCAUUACGAGACCUCAUGGAAAGAGGGUCCGGCAUCACAGACUACAACGUCUAUAUCGGCUUUCUUAUUAGCAUUGGAUGGAUCAUUUUAAUUUUGACAUUGUGCUUCUUAAGGCUUAAAUAUAAGAAAUCGUAA